AUGCUCUCCACAACCGCAAGUUUGCGCCUCGCAGCGCGACGAGCAUGCGCAUUUGGCUCCUCCUCCUCCCGGACAUCUCAAAGACGUGUUUCUUCCUCAUGCCUUGGCUGGGUCAUUUCUCAAGGAAGGCCUGCUGUGUCGUCGGAGUUGGGUUCUCGUGCAUAUCCUGCCUCCUUUCAUCGUUUGUCGCAAGGGGCUAGGAGCUUGUCUUCCCCUGGCAAAGUUUCUUUCACCAUCAUCGAUCCUCUUGAAGCCCCUGAAGGAAAGAAAAUUGAAGCCAACAUUGGAGAUUCGAUUCUUGACAUUGCACAGAAGAAUGAUCUGUCGCUGGAGGGAGCAUGCGAGGGAACCUUAGCUUGCAGCACAUGCCAUUGCAUCCUUCCCAGCGAUUUGUUCCAAGAGAUUACGCAACCAUCUGAAGAAGAGCUUGACUUGCUUGACAUCACUGUUGGGCUGACGGAAACGUCAAGGCUAGGUUGCCAAGUCAAAGUUGACGAAAGGUUCGAAGGCAAGACCAUCAACCUGCCUAAUGAAUUUCAUAACUUCCAAUGAGAAAGCUGAUGAUGUCAAGGUCCGAUAAGCUUUCCUGCCUCCUAAGAUCCCGCUUGCUGGUUGUUUGCCUGGCCAAUAUAUGCUCCAGCAUUUCUCUUGGUUUCGUCAUACUGGACGUGCAUCGGUGCAUUUCUUUACAGCAAUGGUUGCACCGACAAUAAAAUAUUUUGCCUGUC